AUGUUCAAAAUUCUGGAUGGUAUUCAGUCGGAGCUGCCGAGUCGAGUCGCCAUCAUAGGCGCCGGAUUCGCAGGGCUGUCCGCAGCAGCGAUGUUGGAGCGAAAUUCAGUUGACUACACAGUAUUCGAAGGUGCAAAUAGGAUUGGAGGGCGGGUUUACGCUAUUUCUUAUGAGGAUGGCUGUCUUCAGCACGGUGCUGAAUUCAUCAACGGCGAAAACAACGAAAUUUUUCGGAUAGCAAACGAAAAGGAGCUAAGCGAGCAGUAUGUGAGGGACUUCGACCUUUUCUGCAGAAACGUGCUCUAUGGAUUCAAUGGGCAGCACUUGGACAAGUCGCUAGUGAGUGAUUGGUUGGACUUUGUCAGCAACAUUGAGCAACAGUUCGCACUGGAAGCGGAACAGCGAAGUGAGAUGAGCGUCGCCGAACGAUUUCAGCAGCUCUACGAGCAGUGGCUCUCCGAGCAAGAGGAUGCACAGGAAAACAAAGUAAUCUUCGACCGUUUGGCACGACUUUAUCUUACUUACUACGAAAUUGAAUGGUCCUCUCCGGCUAACGAGCUGGCACUCCUUAACUUCGCUUACUGGGAUGAUGGUGGUGACGAACCACGCUCGCUUACACUAAAGAAGAAAGGAUUCUGGGAUAUCUUAGAGGAUAUCAAGACGAAAGUUCCGGUUGACAGAAUCAAACUGAAUUCUGUUAUCCUCGUAGCAUGGGUAUCCGGAAAAGGUCCAGGACACAACUGGAUCACGGAUCCGCUGGUGAGAGGCAGCUACUCUUACUUGACACCUGAAUCCGCCAAAUUCGUGCCAGAUGUAUUCGAAACUAUGGCCGAACCUGUCAGUAUAGACGACAAGUGGGUUGUUCUUGAAAGGUUUAUUCCGCAGAUGCAACCUGACAAUUUCUUCGUGAAAUCUGGUCAAUGUCAGAAAGCGUUUGUGGAAGAACAGAUGGAGUCGGAAAUAAAGAAAAAAUCGGAACUAUAA